AUGGCAGAUUUGAUCUCAAACAAGGCAUGGGUGUUCAAAAAGCCGCCAACGGGACUGCCCCAGCCAGGUAUCAACACCAUCAUUGAGGAUCGACCACUAAAGCUAGUUCCCACAACGGGUGGCCUAGUGAUCAAGCUCCUCAUCGCUGGGCUUGACCUUCAUCAGAGAGAUCGCAUGCGUGGCCCUGGUCCCAUCGAUUAUGUGCCAGGCUAUGUGAACGAUGAAAUCAUAACCAACUUCUCAAUUGCCAAGGUCAUCCGCUCCGCCAACGACGAUUUCGAAGAGGGAAGCUUGAUUGCAGGGAUCCUGCCCAUUGCCGAGUACGGCCUAGUCCCCAAAGAGCUCAUUGACGCCCGACCCAUGGCGUCGCCGCUCGUCUGGAAGGUGACCAAUCCUCACCAUCUAGACCUCAAACACUAUGUCGGGACGCUGGGUCUGGCUGGUAUGACCGCAUGGAACUCAUUUUACGGCCUCGUAAAUCCGGUAAAGGGCGAGACAAUCUGGGUAAACGCUGCAUCGAGCUCGGUCGGAGAGCUCGUGGUCCAGCUUGCCAAGAUUGAAGGGUUGCGGGUGAUUGCCAGUGUGAGCUCCGAUGAUAAGCUUGACUACGUUGUGAACGAGCUGGGUGCCGAUGUUGGCUUCAACUAUCAUAACGAAGCUGUCAAUGACGCACUCAAGCGGCUGGCACCGGAUGGAUUGGACGUGGUUUUUGAAAACGUUGGAGGCGACCACUUUCAAGCGGCAAUUGAGAAUAUGAAAUGGUUCGGGAGAAUUUUUAGCUGCGGGGCGGCAUCGCAAUAUAACAAGCCUAUCGGAAAGCAGUAUGGUGUCAGCAACAUCUCGGAGAUUUUCCGCCGGCGAAUCAAGAUCCAAGGCUUCAUAUUCUGGGAUGAGAACAUCUUCCCAGAUAACAUCGAAAACUUCUGGGCGACCAUGCCGAAGUGGAUCUCGGAGGGAAAGAUCAAGUCACGAUACACUGAAUAUGAGGGCAUUGAGCGGGCUGGCGCAGCGUUCCUUUCCAUGUUCACUGGAGGAAGCUUUGGCAAGACGGUACUCAAGAUUAGUAACCUCUGA